AUGUUUGAAUAUAUUGAGCAGAAUGACAAUUGGCGUGAUCUUAUAAAAAGCUCGAGUUUUAUCAGAAAGCACUUUGAUAGCGAGAGUAUUCGUCCUCGUCUCACGGUUGCCAAGUUCGGUGUUGAUUACAAUCAUGAUCCCGAGCCUUUAAGGGCUUUUGAUCUCUUCUUUCUCAAUGAGAAGAUAUACGCAGGAUGUGUCCCUACCUAUCGGAGGAUUUAUCGUUGCGAAGGUGUUAGUGAUUUCAGAGAUAUUCAUGGUCCAAUUGACGGAUUAUUCUUAUUAGAGAAAGGACAUUUUGCAGAUAAUGUUCGGUUUGCUUGGUGGAAUCCUGCUACUAAAGAGUGUAGUCUUAUUCCUCGUGUCGAAUUUGAGCUUCAAGAAAGAUUUCAAGACUGCUGCCGUAUGGUUGGAAUAGAUUUAGACAGAGUGAAUCAGGACUAUAAAGUUGUAUGGUUACGAACAUUUUGGGACGAAAUGACAAACGAUCUUUAUCCUAAGAUUUUUGCUGCUCUGUAUUCGUCGAAAAAUGACUCCUGGAAAUACUUGGAACCUAACUACUCUUACGAAUGUCAAUUAUCUGUGUCCCAAAAUUGUACUUAUAUAAAUGGAAAAUAUCAUUGGAUGACCAGAAGCAAAGAAAUAUGCAACAAAGACAAUGUGUAUAGUGUUCGGACAUUUGAUUUUGUGACUGAAUUGUUUGGGGAAAUGACAGGACCGCCAAUUCCAGGUGAUCACUGGGCGACACUAAUGUUACGCGGUGGCUCUCUUGCAGCUGUCUUCUGGUAA